AUGUUUGAGGACUUGUUGAAAGCUGUACAAGAUCUUGGUAGGCAGGAAACACAAGCGCCCCCUCAGAAUGUACAAACUAACUCCAACACGACGAGCUCAGUUGUGGAGCAGUUUCGUCGUUAUAAGCCCCCUAACUUUAACGGGAUGACUGGUCCUUUACCAGCCGAAGAAUGGAUAAGGGGUUUGGAACGAAUCUUCAAGCAUCUCAGCUGCACUGAUGCCCAAAAGGUUUUAUGUACGGAGUUCAUGCUAGUGGAUGCGGCAGGCCACUGGUGGGAGUCCGCUUCACGCACUAGGACUGAGGCACAACAGAGCAACCUUACUUGGGCACGUUUUAAGGAGGAGGUGAUGGAAAAAUACUUCCCACAAGCCCUAAGAGACCGUAAGGAGACGGAAUUCUUGCAACUGAAGCAAGGAAAAAUGGCAUUAAUUGACUAUGAGAGGAAGUUUGAACAGCUUUCUAGGUACGCGACACAUCUAGUAGAUACAGAGCAAAAGAAAGCUAGAAGGUUCAAACUCGGACUUCACCCAAAAAUCGCAGGAAUCAUGGCAUCCCAUGAAUUCACCACUUAUAGUCAAGUUCUACAAAGAGCUCAUGCGAUUUCGAAUCGAUUAGAAAUCGAUCAGACAACACGAGAAAAUACUGAAUUUUCAGGAAAGAGGAAAUGGAAUGGACCAAACGAGGGUAAAGGAAAUGGGCAAAACAAGAGGACUAGCUUUGAAAGGUGGUCAGGGUCGAGCAAGCCGAAUAAUAUUGUUACUCCGUGCCCUAAGUGCAAUAAGACACAUAGAGGCGAGUGUUGGUAUGGAAAGAAUGUGUGCUAUCGAUGUGGAAAGCAUGGUCAUAUUGCUACCAAUUUCCAUGACCCUCCACCAAAACGGGACAACGAACAAAGCAAAGGGGGAACAGCCAGAGUGUUUGCGUUAACCCGGCAAGAGGAAACUGACAAUUAA